GGUUGCACACAGGAGCCGGGCGGAAGCGGGGCUGAGGAGGAGCGGGUGGGAGGCGCCCGAGGGACCGGAGGAUGGCGGGCCUGCACCUGAGGCGGCGCCUUCACCGCGCGCACUGACCUGCGCCAAGCUUCGGAACUGAGAAUAUGGAAUGAGUUUGACCAGAUGAGAGGAAGGAUGAGCAGCAGGCUGGAGAGCAAGGAAGGGAGAUGUGAGAUUUUUAGGGAUGGUACCCUAAGGCAGAGCAUGAGUUAGGAUGGUAGGACUUCCUUUAGGGCGAGGAGCAUUUGACAACUAGGAAAAAGUUGUACCUUGGAAACAAUCCAAGGAAUUGUGGGUCGGAUGUUGAAUUUGUUGCCCAUGUUGCUCUGGGAGUUUGAGGACCAGGAGGGGGAAACAGAGACUUUAGUGUCUAAAACGUUGUGUGGCAGUUCUCAAGGAGAGAAGGAAGCGCAGUGAACAUCUAAUUCUUUACAUCUAAUUCUUUACAAAUACUAAGAGAAACCAGUUUACUGAUGAGCCCCACCUCAAGCUUUUCUGGUUAUUUGCUAGUAUUGUAGUUUUAAAUCCUGUUUUCAAACUCCCAUUAAAACGAGUCCUAAUGUACUUACUAGAUGUUUGGAGGUUGGGGUGUUGUUCUGGGUCUAGAACACUGGCCAAGGUGGUCCAAGGUAGAGCUAUAAUCUCUAGGCCUUGGUUCCCAAAUUUAAUGUAUCAUAAAACUUACUCAGAGACUUCGUGGUUUAAUAUUGGGAGCUUGUACUUUGUUUUUAUAUAUUUAUGGUCUCGAAAGUUUAGAAUUGGGGACAGCUAAUAAAUAAGGUUCUUGGGGAACAAGCCUUACUGAGUUUAAUCCUUGGAUCUCAUGUAAAGGUGGCAGGAAAGAACCGACUCGACAGUUGUUUGCUACUUUGUGGUUCUUUGUUCCACCCUUAAUCUACCCUUUCAGCCCCCUAAAAAAGAGAGAAAGAAACUGUUAUCCUGCUGAUGAGGGUUGUCAAGUUCCUAGGGUCAAGUUUGAUCUUCACCAUUAGGAUAUGCAAUUUCUUGUCUUUGCUCACCACUACUUAACAAACCAUGACCAACAACGAACAGUCAAACCUGGCCUUUAUGUACGCUCUGAAAAGUCCCGAGAAUUCCAAAUGAAGAUAUCUGCAGUUAGCAGAAUCACCCUCCUGUUAGAGCACGAGGAAAAAAUGUUGGAGCAAGAAGAAAAUGGCUUGUUUGAAAUACCAGAUUAUGAACAUGUAGAGGAUGAAACUUUUCCUCCCUUCCCACCUCCAGGCUCUCCAGAGAGAGAUCCUGCAGAAGCUGAACCUGAUGAAGGGAGUGGAGCACCUGUUCCUGUUCCGCCAAAGAGAAUAGUUAAAAGGAAUAUACCCAAGCUAGAUGCUACAAGAUUGACUUCAGAGAGAGGGCUUCCAGCCUUAAGGCAUGUAUUUGAUAAGACAAAAUUCAAGGGGAAAGGUCAUGAGGCUGAAGACUUGAAAACGCUAAUCAGACACAUGGAGCACUGGGCCCAUAGGCUAUUCCCCAAACUGCAAUUUGAAGAUUUUAUUGACAGAGUUGAAAACCUAGGAAAUAAAAAGGAGGUUCAGACCUGUUUAAAACGAAUUCGACUUGAUCUGCCUAUUGUACAUGAAGAUUUUGUUAACAAUAACGAUGAAGUUGAGGAAACUAACAGCCUUGAUGCAGCUGCCACUGGAUUUGAUGCCUUUGUGACAAGUUCAUCUGACAGCAAGAGGUUUGCUUCUGAAGCGAGUAGAAACCUAACAGAAGAGCAGCAGCAGAGAAUUGAGAAAAAUAAACAACUGGCCUUGGAAAGAAGGCAGGCAAAGCUAUUGAGUAAUAGCCAGUCCCUAGAAAAUGACGUGACAGUUGAAGAGAGCAGUACUGGUGAGAAUCAAGAAGAGUCAAAUGGAUUGAUCUCUGCUGAUGGUCCACAUGACGUUCCUUCUGCCAGCACACAGGAAGAAGGACAGUUGGAAGCAGAGGAAACACAGCUGGACCAUCCUAACUUAGACUAAUCCAGAAAUGUUCUAAGUAGCCAACCCUCUACAACAGAAUCCUACAGGCUUGGAGUUAUUUGUAGUUUUUUCUACUUUGUAUAAAUCCUUAAGUCUUAAGGCUUCUGUGGAUUCCUGUUUAAAAUACAAUGACUAUUUAAAUUGUUUCCUACUUAUUUUAGUAAGUCUAUUUAUUAUUUUUGGUGUUCUGUAUAAGUCUGACUUUAUAAGCUGUUUUGUAGUUUGCAUUGAAUUGUUUCUUACUAAAUUGGGUAAUGAUUAAAAUGUAAAUAUGCCCUGACUGUUAGGUCAGUUUUUAAUAAAGAAAUAAAUUAUUUUGUAAGCAA